CGCCCGCCUGCAUCGUGCAGGGAGCAGCGCUUUCUACACCGCCUCUAUCUUCUUUCUAGAUAUCUUUUGCUGAUUCACGCUUAGACUUGACUAUCGAGGGCAACAUACCACGACAAACGCACUCUACCAGACUCCAUUAAUCUCGACCGUCUCGCAUAGAACCUUGCUUCGGGCUCUGCAACUGUAUCACUUGUACUUGCAAUCAUGUCUCCUGUCGCCAUGUCUGUAGCCUCGGAUUCCCAUUUUGCGCCCUUCCUAGAUGCGCUCCGCACUGCGCCAACUGGCCCAGAUGCAAAGGCCGCUUCCGACCGCCUUGCCCGCGAGGUCUCCAAUGUUGGCCUAGAUUCGCUCAGCGAUGCCAACAUUCUCUCCACGCUCCACGCGUUUGCAACAAACAAAAAGUCAGGCUAUGAACGCGAGUCUGCUGCCAUCGCUUUCCAGUCUCUCGCGACCAUCCUCGGUGCAUCCGCUGCACCGCUCCUCCUUCCUUCCUUGUCUGUCCUCUAUGACCUUUACAUGGAUAAGGGCGACGUCGUCCGCAUUGCGGCGACCGCGGCGACCAAGAACAUUCUGAAGCUGUUCCCUCCCGAAGCUACCCGUGUCGUUCUCAGGACGCUUGAGGACAUUAUGGACAAGGCCAAAUGGCGCUCGAAGGUGGGGGUACUUGAUGCCAUAAGGUCUUUUGCUAGCACCUCGAAGGAUGCCGUUGCGAACGAACUGGGCACCACGAUCCCCAAGAUCGAGGCUGCAAUGCAUGAUACCAAGGCCGAGGUAUCCACUGCCGCCGUCAAAUGCGCUACCGCCCUUUGCAAUACUCUUGCCAACCCUGAUCUCACUCCACACGUCCCCGCACUCGUGAAGUGCAUGUCCAACCCUGAUUCCGUGCCCCAGUGCAUUAAAUCCCUCUCGAACACUACGUUUGUGGCCGAGGUCACCGCGCCGGCUCUUGCUGUUCUCGUGCCACUCUUGAUACGUGCUCUCAACGACCGCUCCAUGGAAGUUCAGCGCCGUUCUGUAGUCGUCAUUGAUAACCUAGUCAAGCUUGUUCGCGACCCUAGUGUCGCGGCCACCUACCUCAGCCCUCUUGUAGAGGGCGUAGAGAAGAUUGCCAAGGGUGCUGCGUUCCCUGAGGUCCGCGCCUUUGCCGAGACUGCACUCACAACUCUGCAAAAGUCGGGUGCUUCCAAGGACGGCCCUCCUCCUGCACCGCGUGACUUGCAAUCAGAGACCACCGACGUCCUUUGUACCCUUCUCACUCUGCUCCCCGAGGGGCUUGCAGCGACCUCCGCGGACGCCCCCAACGGACCCCGUACUCCGCGGCACCCCCUGCUCAAACAGGUUCUCGAGUUCUCCGCCGGAAUUAUUGCGGAUCUGGUGCACGCCCGCAACUUCUCCGAUGCGCAAGCGUGGAGCCGCUCCCUCGGAACCUACGUUGAGCCUUGGUUCCCCGCAGGCAGCACGGAUGCCGCUAAGUUCACCGAGCGCGUCCGCACGCAUUUCCUCGCCGUCGACCAGGAGAAGCACGGCGGUGUCGUAACCGGAUCCACCGAGGAGGGUGAGCUGCUGUGCGACACACUCUUCUCGCUCGCAUACGGCGCACUCCUGCUUCUUUCACACACGCACCUCCGCCUCUUCCGUGGCCGGAGGUACGGUAUCCUAGGCACGAACGGCUCCGGCAAGUCAACUCUCAUGCGUCAGCUACGCGACGGCAAGGUGGAGAACUUCCCGCCGCAGGACCAGCUUCGAUGUGUGAUGGUAGAGCACUCGCUCCAAGGCGAGGACACGUCGCUUUCGGUGCUCGAUUUCGUCGCGGCUGACAAGGCACUCGCACACGUUCCGCGGUCGAAGAUCCGGGAUCAGCUUCUGGAAGUCGGGUUCGAUGAUGCCCGCCAGGAGGAGGUCGUCGGCGGCCUAUCGGGCGGAUGGAAGAUGAAGCUCGAGCUUGCACGCGCAAUGCUGUACAACGCAGAUCUCCUGCUGCUCGAUGAGCCCACCAAUCAUCUGGAUCGUGCGUCCGUCCAAUGGCUUGAGAAGUGGCUUAUUGGAAAGAAGAACGUUACGUGCCUUAUCGUCAGCCACGACUCUGGCUUCCUAGACAAUGUCACAACCGAUAUCAUUCACUAUGAGAGCAAGAAGCUUGUGUACUAUCCUGGCAAUUUGUCUGCUUUUGUGGAGAAACACCCUGAGGCAAAGUCGUACUACACACUCGCUGCGACUUCCGUGAAGUUUUCGUUCCCACCUCCCGGUUCACUGAUGGGAGUCCGCAGCAACACCCGUGCGAUUCUGAAGAUGACCAACUGCACCUUCACAUAUCCUGGUCGUUCGAAGCCCAGUCUGUUCAACGUUAGCUGUGCAUUGUCGCUAUCAAGUCGGGUCGGCAUCAUUGGCCCCAAUGGGGCUGGAAAGUCCACGCUUGUCAAGCUCCUGACGGGAGAGACAGAGCCACAAGAAGGCACAGUCUACAAGCAUCCAGCUCUGCGUAUCGGUUACGUCUCGCAGCAUGCUACGCAUCACAUUGAACGACACCUCGAAAAGACCCCGAUCCAAUACAUCCAAUGGCGUUUCCAAGACGGUCACGAUCGUGAGAUCUUGGAGAAGGCCACCCGUGCUCUCACGGACGAGGAUAAGGCAUUGCUUGAGACCGAGUUUGUCGGAAAGAAUGGUCAGAGACGCAAGCUCGAGUUGAUCAUGGGGCGACAGAAACUCAAGAAGUCGUUACAAUACGAGAUCAAGUGGAGAGGCCUGGACCACAAGUUCAACACCUGGAUCCCGCGAGAGGAGCUUCUCCAGAAAGGCUUCGGAAAGCUAGUCCAGCAGUUCGACGAUUUAGAAUCUUCACGUGAGGGAGCAGGUCAGCGUGAUACCUCCGCACAUAUCGUCCGCAAGCAUCUCGAGGACAUUGGCUUGGACGGUGAUAUCGCACAGUACAACGAGAUCGCAGGAUUGUCUGGAGGCCAGAAGAUCAAGCUCGUCAUUGCUGCCUGUCUCUGGAACAACCCUCAGAUUUGCGUGUUGGACGAACCUAGCAAUUUCCUGGACCGUGAAGCUCUCGGAGGCUUGGCCGUUGCCAUCCGGGACUGGGCUGGUGCAGUGGUUAUCAUAUCUCACAACGAGGAGUUUGUGACUGCACUUUGCCCCGAGAUAUGGCAUAUCGACGGGGGCCGUAUGACACAUAAGGGCAAGAUAGCGGUAGUCGAGGACGCAUUUGCCGUCAAGUCCCCGAAAGGCAGUGGUAGCAACACGCCCGCCCGCACCCAGACGCCUGCACUUUCACGCAACCAGACACCUGCGGCAUCCGUGGCUGCCACCCCGGCUGGCAGCGGCGCCGAGGACAACAAGGCGAACGGCACGGCUACGCCCCCUGUGAAGAAAAAGAAGAAGCUUACCCGCAACCAAAUGAAGGCACAGGAGGAGCGACGGAGGAUCAGGAAGCUCAACUGGCUCACGUUCGGUGGUCCAAAGCCCGAGGACACGGAUAGCGACUAGUUGUUCUAGACAUAGAUAUCCCUACGAUCCCACAUAUUCUCGGUCGUCUCAUGGCCUUGCUGCUGCAGGGCCGCGGCCGCUCGCCCAGAUCUUCACAUGUGUAUCCAUGUUCCUGACCGCGCCCACUGUAGUAAUGCAUGACUCCAGAGCAGCGGUAUCUGGAUACUUUCUUCC